AUGGGAAUAGCUGACGAUUGCUUCCGCUUUCUGAUAGAAAACGACAGUCUUCAAACGGAUCAAAUACAUGAACUUUUGACUAAAAUAAAGACCCAUGUCAUUCAUGAAGGUAUCUUACCAACUAAUCUCGAUGCCAUUAUAAAAUACCUGUGCGAAACUCGAUCAAUAUCGAUUUCAACCAGAAUAUUGUUGAUAAAAGAUGCUCUGAUUCCAAAUGGCAAGGUCCCAAACUCCACCGUUCACGUAACGCUUAGACAUCUUGGCAUAAGAUCGCUAUCUACUCUGAACAAAACAGAAACUCCAAAGGCGUUACAAGCAGAAUUAUGCAAAUGGCUUAUUCAUGCUUACAUUUACAUGGAAGAUGUCACUAUCUUUGAGCGUACUUAUUCGCACUGGCUUCAGCUGUGGCAAUUAGACUACUUGCAGCAGUGGAUCACGUAUAUACUAUUUUGGUCAACUUCGAAGCGAUUCGUAAAGCCAUGGCGCAUGCGAUUCAUUACUACUGUAGCUGAAAACUCUGGCUAUUCGAAUGCAAGAGCUUGCAGUACUCUACUAUUGGAGAAAUUUUACUGUCUGGUUCCCAGCGACCAAAUUUACGGUGCAAUUGAGCGCUUGAAGUGCAACAAACGAAGGCUUAACACGCUUAAGGUCCAAAUUUGGGACACGGAAUUUAUCUCAAAUUGGGCGUCUAUCGUUGAGCACUCUGGUGGAGCAUCCAAGUUUAUUUUCCAGAGCCUAGCACAGGAACUCGAAAAGCAAUUGAUCAGUGACUCUCAGCAAGAGAUUCACCUCGGCAAGAAAAAAUCAUCACGUAAGAUUUCAGUCGAAAAGGUCGGUACGCUUGAACGACUUGCAGCUGUAUUUGAGAACUUAGCGAUACCCAAGGACCUAGACGAACUGUUCAACAUUGGUGAUGAGAGCUCUCUCGUUUUUCUCGCUACUGUUGAUCCUCACCACAACCUUUGGAACCGUGUGUCGGAAUGGUUCAUGCUGAAAAUUGAUGCCGCUUCAAUUCAUGGUGUUACUGCAAGCUACCGUCACUUAAUAUUCAGGCCACUGUUAGUGGCAAGCUUACUGAAUCAACAGCAUUGUAAAAUCCGACACCUCUCGAAGGCUAGUUUUGGAGAGCUUAUAAUGCAGAUUGUGGAUACGUCAGACUGCUGUUGCCUUGAAGCGCCAAAAGAGCUUAGGUCGGCACCAAACUUCGAGAUAGGCCGUUUCUACUACAGCUGCAGAAAACUGCUAUUCCAAACUCUUGUAAUGGCAGAAAAACAAGAGGUUAAGCUGGACACCAUCACUGAUAUUGAGUUUAUUGUAUCCUGCAUUACUGAAGACCUGACAAAACACAUCAGUAGCAGACACUUGACCACUACUUUGAGGCUUCUAGUCAUAGCAUUGCGCGAGUUGGCAGGAUCUAAUAUUGACAAUAGGAUUCUCAGUUUGUUCUUACUGCCACAAAAAGCAUUAGAUACCAUGAUGAUAUCUUCUGAUCCUGUUAUGCUCAACACUGUUUGCUCUUACUUCAUUUUGACAAAGGAUUUGGUAGACACACUACUUAAUGAGAAAAGGAUGAUUGGGGCUCAAAAUAAAAAUGUCUUUGAUCUCAUCAACUACCUCUGGCAUAUAAAGCCCGGGUGCGAUCUACCGAUGUUCAAAGUACCCAAAAAAUUCAUUCAAUGUUUUUUGAGUAAACCGAGCUCUGAUCAAUCAAAUGCAGAAGUUGAUGUGACGUUCGGUAUUCUUAGCAUCCCAGCUCUUGCUUUCCCCUCCCGGGUCGCACUCAGGGGUCUCGAGGAUGCACUAACCAGUAGAGUGCGAUUCGACAAAACUCUAAGCGAAAGUUCAUUUUCAGUUUUCAAACAAGCUCAUGCCGGAGACUGGCUGGAUACAAUUUCUUCCUUUCAUGAACUAAUGCUUAUGAUACUAGGCAAACUAAGAUAUCAUGAUGCAUACGGCGAUAUUGCCAGAUUCUUGUACACUCAUAUGCGCAAUAUCGCAGACAAUGGCGUAUCCUGA